AUGAGCAACAAUCGGCGUGGUAUUGUAAAGAACAACAUGCGGUUUGUGCAUAUCAAGUUUUUUGGAACGCUAGAAGUCCUCCACUCGCACGUCGAGGAGAACGAGAAGCUGGGAAGGUUGGACAAACGGAUUUCCGAGAAAAUCGGAGUUGACGCCAAAUUUAUUCGAGUGACCUACAAUGGACGUCCCAUUGACCCUAUGGACACACCGUAUUCACUUGGAUUAUCACAUACCGCCAAUUUUCAUGUGGAUAUUUUAAAAAACUGUUGAGUGUUGAAUUUUGUGAAAAUGAAUUUUU